UUGAACCCCCAAACUUUAGAGGCAAUUUACAAUAAUUCUCUCUUCUAAAGAUGCAACUCCCUUAUGAACAGUAACUCCCUAUCGUAUGAUUUCAAUGACUUUAUUUCAAACAAAAUUAUUGGUUCUUGGUUUCCUGCGUUUAUCAUUGUUCUGAUUUAUGUUUUUGCUUGGUUCUCUGUCAUUUGUGUACUGUGAUUUGUUGGAAUUUUUGGUCAAAUGGUUCUCUAUCACUCUUACUCAAUCACUCUGUGUUUGCAUGCUUUUUGGGAUCAUUGAGUCCUUUCGGGUUUUUGAGUUUCCUGUGUUUGCAUGCUUCCUAGCUUACUGCUAUACACCCUUUCUGAAUGUUUCCUUUCUCAGAAGAUAGAGAAAUCAAUUGCAGAGGGAGUCUAUAUUGUUCUUCUCGGUGUUCAAGUAUAUUUUUGUUCAUCGGUUGGCCCAAGUUAUACUGCAAGCAUUAGCUUUGAAUCAUAAAUUUAAUUUCAAUUUUGUUUACUGCUUUUUGCAUUCAGAAAGGGUGUAUAGUAGUAAGGCCAGGUUUAGAAAUGUGAUAGUUGUUCACUCUUCAGGUUUAGAAACAGUUGAUGGGCGUUCAAGAUUUGGAAACUGUGGAAAAUUCAGAUUUAAACCUACUUGAUACCACCAACAACAAGGAGCAGCUCAAAUACUGCAGAGCUACUCUGAAAAAAAUUGUAGAAGAAGAUGGGUGGUACUACCUGGGAUGCUCGAUCUGCCACAAACAAAUGAGGAAAAAACUGGACAGCGAAUUGCUCAUAUGCCAGCAGCAUGAUAUGCAGCACGACCAAUAUAUCUUCAGAGUCACUGUUCUCAUUGAAGAUGAGACUGAUCAAGCACAUGCAGUCUUAAUGGGCAAAGAAGUAGAAGAAAUCUGUGGAAUCUCAUGGGAGGACUUGAUUAUCAAGAAAAACUGCAGAAACCAAAGAAUCAUACCACAAGAAAAUUUUCAAUUAGAAGGAGAGAUCAAACUGCUGAAAUUGAAGACAGGAACAAAAAGAGAUUUCCUUAUAAAGGGGGUGGGUAUACGAAGAUGUUCACAAGUUCACACCAACCCAAGAUAUCGAACCAACAACUUCCACGCCAAAUCCUCUUAGAUUUGGGAAGAAGAGGAAGGAAUUAUUCAAAGCAAAACCAAGCAAGAACCCAAAAAGUGACAACUUUGAACCAUCAGAUCAGACCAGCAAAAAUACAUCGGCUCAAUCUGACAAAGAAGACCUUACCUAGCCACUUCUGCUUUGCAAUCCUAUGCUUUCCGCCUUUUUGUGAUGAGCACCAAUAUCUAUAGUUUUUUAUAAUGCUAAUGGUCCUUGAAAAACAAUGUCAUGCUGUGACAUAUAAGCACUGGUUGUCAGGACCAUUCUCUAUGUUUUUUGUAAUGCUAAUGGUCCCUGAAAAACAAUCAACCAAGACAGCAGACCUUCUGUACAUCAACUGAUCAAUGUACAUAAAAGCUUUUUGGCUGUU